AUGAACAAAUUCCAGGAAGGACUGCAACAGCAGCGGCGACUGAUCGAGCAGCUUCGCUGUGAGGCACAGAUCACCAGGUUGCGAGUCUCCCAGUGCAUUGAUGACCUGCAGAAGUAUUGUGAUGCCCAUAUUGAGGAGGACUAUCUGAUACGAGGUUUUAGCAAGCCCAGCGAGAACCCCUUCAAAGAAAAAGGCAGCUGUGUCGUUUUGUAA